AUGGAGGAGAAGGCGCAGCCAAAGUCGGUAUUGGACCGCGAGCGGUUGGCGCAGGAGCGGCGUGAGAAGGCGUUGCAGAAGGCUCAGCGGGAUACGGCGGACGAGCGGCACGCUACGGGUUGGUACCAAUACUUUAAACAAGAAGAUGUGGACUUAUUGGAGACACAGGAGAUUGCGAUUCACCCCACGCCAUUGUUGUCAAUUGCAGACCACUAUAUGCGUGCGGCGCAGGGCACGAACCGGCGGGUGGUAGGGUGCCUGUUGGGUGAGACGGACUCGGGGAAGACUCACGUUACCAAUUCCUUCGGUGUUCCUUUUGAGGAACAUGCUAAAGACACUACCAUUUGGUAUCUUGACCAUAGCUACCUUGACAAGAUGUUUCGCAUGUUUAAGAAAAUCAAUGCUCGUGAAAACGUAGUCGGAUGGUAUAGUUCUGCCGGUGUCAUCAAACCAAACGAUCAUAUGAUACAUGAGCUCUUCAGACAGUACUGUCGUCACCCCCUCUUCCUAGUUGUUGACGUCGCCGCCAAAUGCAAAGAAGAAAACGCCAAACCUCUCGUCCAAACUUACUACUCCUUCGAACAACCCUCCCACGACAACCAAAACAGACGCACCUUCGUACACACCAACUUCACUCUCGGUGCCUCCGAGGCCGAAGAAGUCGGCGUCGAACACCUACUCAGGGACGUCGAAUCCAACUAUGAAGUCACUCUCGGAACCGCUAUCGAGGACAAGGUGAACGCUUUGUCCACCGCUGCCAAGAAACUGGAGCAAAUUUCCGUCUACUUGAAAGACGUGGCGGAGGGCCGACGGGAAGUGAAGCCACACAUUCUGGCGCAGCUUCAGGUCUUGAUGAACUCACUUCCCGAAAAAAGCGACCCUGACGUGCUGGCCCAGGGCUUCCAACGCUACACCAACGACGCCCUACUGGCUUCGUAUAUAGGUACGCCCAGGUGUUCCCUUGCCCCUCCCCCCGAUCCCUUUCCCUUGUCAGUUGAACCAUCUGCCCCCUUUCCUCCCCCUUCCCUGGUCGGUCGAGCCAUAAGCGGCGUUGUAGGGUUUGCGACCAAGUUGGUCAUGAUGAUCCACGAGUUGACUUUGAACAAAAAAAAGAUGAAGGAGAAGCAGCAGCUAGAUAGUCCGCCUGCGAACGCCGUUUCCGAGGCACCGAUUUUACCCUAA